AUCAAAACCCAAACAGAGUGAGACUGUGAGAGAGAAGAACAAACAAGGCAUGGCAAAGAGUACGGUUACGGACGACCUCAGCACCGCGCUCGCCGAGCAAUGCCGAAUGCUCAUGGCGGCGAAAACCCUAGACUCGGACCUCGACAUGGCAUAUCAGCUCCAAAUAGAAGAAGCCAUGAAAGCCUCCAUCGCUCUUCAACCUUCAGGCUCACGCUGUCCACCACCACCACAGCCCAACGACGCCGUAUCAUCUCCCGACGACAACGUUUUGGACGUCGCCGCGACGCUUAUGCUGCAAGACGCGGAGAGGUACGUGCAGGAGCUGGAGGACCGAGAGAGAAGCGAGGCGGAGAUGAAGAAAAUGAUGGAAGAUCUGGACCUUCGGAUCCACGAUCAGAAGUUCGCGGCCUACAUCCUCAACAUCCCCGACAACGAGUGGAAAGCCUACGGGGACAAUUACGACAGUCCGUACCGUUCCGACGCUUCGUCAUCGACUUCGACUCCGUCUUCUUCGUCGACUGUUUUUGUUGACACCGAGUGUUUCAGGUUGUACUCCAAGGGGUUGGUGAGCGAAGAGAGCGUCAGGGACAUGAAGGUCACCGUGGCCGGAGCUGGGGUCGCGAUUUGCGAUCCGAGCGAUAAUCUGAUCUUGGAGGUGAGGAAGAAUCUGGAGGCGUUCGUGGAUGGUCAAGUCGUGACCAAUGAAGUUGCCGAGCUGAAGGCUCUGAUUGAAGGGCUUAAUAAAGCUCUCGGCUUGAAUUUGAAAAGGCUCACCUUUUUCUGCGAUGACCGUAUGCUUUACCAAUAUGUUACAGGUAGAGCACCAGCACAACAGAGCAAGAUUGCGACAUUAGUCAAUCAGGUGGCUCUUCUUCAGAGAAAAUUUACACAUUGCAACCCAUCCCUUGUGGCACAUAAUGAUAUUAAGUUUGCAUUUAAAUCUGCAAGAGAUGCUAUAAUUUCUCAAAUUGCCUGGCCUGACGAAACUAGCGAUGGCAAGAGUUUGAAGGAGACAUGUGUAAUUUGCUUUGAAGAUACAGAUGUUGACAAGAUGUUUUCAGUUGAUGGUUGCCUGCACAGGUUUUGCUUUUCAUGUAUGAAAAAGCAUGUGGAGGCCAAGGUUCUUGACGGGAUGGUGGCAAAGUGUCCUCAUGAUGGCUGUAAGUCCGAGGUGAAUAUUGAUAGCUGUGGGAAAUUCUUGGCACCGAAAUUGGUUGAUGUCUGGAGCCAACGCAUGAAGGAAUCUUCUAUUCCCAUUACAGAGAAAGUUUAUUGCCCACAUCCCAGGUGCUCAGCACUAAUGUCAAAAAGUGAGGUUUUGAAAUAUACUAAGACCACACAUGUUGCUGCUGAAGAAUAUGGAUUCAGGAAGUGCAUGAAAUGUCAUUACUUUUUCUGUAUCAAUUGCAAAGUCCCUUGGCAUUUUAAUAUGACCUGCAAUGAUUACAAAAGAUCAAAUCCUUAUUCCCAAUCAGAAGAUGCAAAGCUCAAGUCUCUUGUAAAGGCAAAAAAUUGGUCCCAAUGUGUGAAGUGCAGCAACGUAGUUGAACUAGCCGAAGGUUGCUACCACAUCACUUGCAGAUGUGGAUAUGAGUUUUGCUACACUUGUGGUGCUGAGUGGAAGAACAAGAAAGCAACGUGUUCCUGUCCAAUCUGGGAUGAGCGUAACAUUAUACGUAGAUGAUGAUUAGGAGUAUAAUGACACUUGGUACAGAUUGACUGAGAUCAUGAUGAGUCUAUAUUUGUUUCUCUCCCCCUUGUUUUGGUUUUGCUUUUGGAAAAAGAACAGCAAAAUAUAUUGCAUCUGCUAAUGCUGCAAAGAUCAAAGUGUGUAUGCUUAAAAAGGAUUGUUGGUGAUAUUAGGCCACAGUUUCUUACAUUUUUGUUGAAUGUUAGCUUUGAUAACACUACAGAUUGACUGAGAUGGUUAUCAAUCUAAAUCUGUUUCUCUCUC